AAAAAAAAGAAAGAAAAAAAAAACGCUAGAGAAGAAGAAGAAGAAAGAAGGAAAGAAAGAAAGAAAGGGGGAGGUAGAGGAAAAAUUGCAGCAAAGAAAGUUAAUCGGCGUUGUUUCAUUUUCAAAUUUUUUUUUGUUUAAAGACGUUGUACGUGCUCGUUUCCCUCCCAGAAGGUUUGGAUAAGAGCUCUUGACGCUUCUGCGACUUCUUCACACAUUUCUCUCUCUCUCUCUUUUUUUGUCUCUCUUGCUUGAGGCUUUCCACUAUUCUUUUUUUGGGACUUCUUUCCAAGGCAGGAUUGUGGAAAUAGUGGGAAAGCUCCGAGGAAGCGAGCGUGUCGGUGAUCAGCCUUCCCCGUGUUUGGAGCCAGUUUGCUGAGACAGGGUUUUUUUUCUCUGCUUAUACGAGCACAAAAAAGUUGACUUAAAGUAAUAUAUGACUUUCAUAUAUUAUCAGCAACGCUUCUUUGAAACGGAGUGGAAAUCAUUGGGGGAUUUUUUCAGCUGCAUCCAGUAAAAACAAACCGGAAUCUGAAUGUGAACGCUACAUUCAGUGCGUUUCAGCCGGACACUCCAGCCGAAUUAUUUUUAUUUAUUUAUUUUUAUUUUAUUUCUUUUUUAAAAGACAAGUGUACUUUAAAGGCUCGGACAUCUGGCCUUAAAGUAAAACAUAUCCUUUUUUAUUAUUAUUAUUUAUUAUUAUUUGCCAGCUGGCGACAAGAGUCCGAGCAGAGAGGAAGAGGCAUCAUUAAGCCGCUACCAAAUGGAUGUGCAUGCUUCCCUUCUCACAUGCAGCACCAUGAGAUCCGCGACGUGGAAACUUUCAGGCCACAUCAAACACCUCUUCAAGUCCCAUUAAUCCGAGAUGUAGCCCACGUGCCAUAACGACACGUUUUUUUUUUAACUUAUCUUUAUUUUAUGUGAGGUAUUUAUUCUUAGUUGAACAUACAAGCCAGGUUAAAAUAAAUCUUGAUCUUUUUGUUUUUCUUUUUUUUUUUUUUAACUGACUUUUUUAAAAUCGUCAUUUCACCUGCUGUAGAAAUAGAAAGACUUGAACAGUUUUGUGUUUACACUGUAUUUAUGAUACUGUAUUUAAGCUGUAGUUUUUUUCAGGUGUCAUUUUUUUUCAGAGAAAAAGAAAAGUGUUUGUUAGCGCUUGUUCAGGCUAUUUAUUAGAAAAUCCUACAUCAUGGAGAGAAUCGGCACCAAAUUGAAGCAAAAGUUUAAACUGGCCGAUUCUGGCAGUGUCAAGUUUAGCAAAAAGAAAAACGAACUCUCCAACACGAAUAACAACAGUAAUAGUGUAAAUAGUGCAGCGCCAGUUGUGACCCACUUGAACCCGGCGCCGAGUCCAUCGCCUGUGAGUACGGCUCAGUUCAGCCUCACCUGCUCACCCUCCGUCGAGUCGUCUUCGGGUGCCAGGUCGGCAAAGGUGGUCAACUCUCAGAGGGUGUCUACCUGUACCACCUCAUCACCUGUACCGGAAGAAUCUGGGUCUUCGCUUGAACACCACCAAGUGACUCCUUUGCGGCGACGCUCGCCUCAGCAGCGCGUGUCUUGCUACCUGCCUGACACCGGGGAAGGCCGAGGUACCUGCGAUCAGUCCAGGCGUUCUGAUUUGCCCCAAGGUGAGCAUGCUGACCAACAAGGUGCUUACAGCCCCAAUUCACGAGUCGCCCUGAACCAGCGGCGAUAUUCUCUGGAGCUUCAGCAACUUGUGAGAAGGCAGCAGCUACUUGCCCAGCCUCCACUGUCUUCCAUGCCACCGCCGUACCCAACACCUGGCCCAGUCACCCGUUCAGGUUCUGCCGAACCGAGUUUUCUGCCUGAACCGGAACGCCACAAGCGCCUCUCCCUGCAAGAGGCGCUGUUCUACAAACGCUGGAGCUCUGGAGGUGAGCCAUGGGACAGUGGCAGGCCAGCAUCACUUUCACAUCCUCCAAUGAGGGGCCACGAAGGUACAGGUGCUAACUGCCUCUUUCCUUCUGGACCAGCACUGAGCCCCUGCUCCUCCUUUAGCCUGCAGGAGUCCGUGUUAGCUAGUCCACGCUCAAGCUUCGCCAGCAGCACAGCUAGUGGAGGAGGUGGUGGUGGAGGAGGAGGAGGGGGCACAAGCGGAAGUCCUAUCGGAAGCCCGUGCAGCAGCAACCGUACCAGCGGUAUUAGCCUUGGCUACGACAGUCGCCAUGUGUCUGGCCCUGCCCAGCCGCUGCACUUCUCCUCCACACAGCUAGGUGCUGCCACCACUGGGCACAUAUACCCAGCACCAGGCCCUGGGAAAACAGGAGCGCCCCCGAUAGAGGUGUGGAGGGACUAUCUAGAACGAACAUCGGGAAUCGGAGGAGGUUUUCAAGAUGGCCGUCAUUCGUACCCACCAGCGGGCAGUUCCCCAGCAGUAACAGAGUGGUGGAGUGGCACAGAGCAGCGGGGUCUGCAGACAGAGGGAGCAGGGGAGCGGAUGAGGCAUUCAGACCUGCCAGGAACCCACUACCAGCAGGAGCUGACACGCCUCCUACUGAGGGACAUGACACUGGAGGGAGAGGAGCAGCUGGGAGGACUAGCCUUGAGAGAGCAGCCUCUAUCCACCUCUGCACCACCUGCAGCCAGUGUAUCAGUGGCUGCAAAACCUCAGGAGGAACUCGUGUCUCUGAGGGAACCACCAUCAGCCCUUGACCGACAAGAAUUUUUUGGAACAUGUGUGAAGUGUGGAAAAGGUGUGUAUGGAGCCGAUAAUGCUUGUCAGGCCCUGGACAGUCUCUAUCAUACUCGCUGCUUCACCUGUGUGUCUUGCGGUCGCACGCUCAGAAACAAGGAUUUCUACAAUGUCGGUGGAUCAGUGUACUGUAAGGAGGAUUACAUGUUUUCUGGCUUCCAGGCAGCAGCAGAAAAAUGCUGUGUGUGUGGCCACCUGAUCCUGGAGCAGAUUCUGCAAGCCCUGGGGAACUCGUAUCACCCAGGCUGUUUCCGCUGUACGGUCUGCUCCAAGACUCUGGAUGGCGUGCCUUUCACAGUGGACUACCUCAAUAACGUCUACUGCGUUGCAGAUUACAACAGGACAUUCGCUCCUAAAUGCGCUGCCUGUUUACAACCUAUUUUACCUGCUGAGGGCAGUGAGGAGAUUCUCAGGGUGGUAUCCAUGAACAAAGACUAUCACUUUGAGUGCUAUCACUGUGAGGAAUGUGGGAAGCAGCUCUCCGAUAAACCGGGCUCUCAGUGCUUCCCGCUGGACUCCCAUCUCCUCUGUCACUCCUGUCACAUGAGCAAGGUGUACACCUCUCAAAACCUUCCCCCACAUAACACACACUGAACGGGGGAGACAUUAUUCUGUUGGACCAACAUACACUGCUUUGUGACCAAGAUUGUCACUGUCUUUUUAAAGUAUUUGAUCUUUUCUCAUUCUUUUCCCACCACCUGCACACAUGCUACAGAUUGCAACACUGAAAAGAGGUGGUGUGAUGUUAUUGACUGACUUUUUUUUUUUUCUUUC